GUAUCGUAUCGUAUCCGAGGCACAGAUCCCUUUUUUUUGUUCCUUCAUCCCAAUCGUUUUGGGCAACUAUCCUGACCAACUGGAGCCCCUCCACUACAACAAUACAACACACCACAACUCACACACACAACACUUUACGCACCCACAACUAAACAAUCAAACCAAACUAAGCGACACACUAGAAGACGGGCGUUUCUUCCUAGUCACCCUAAGGUGUCGCCUUUUCUCUGCUUGCGAAACUUACCCUGAGUACUGUCACGUUAAGCAGCACACCUCUCGUCUCCGCCAACAUGAAGGGCCGCCCAGUUGACCAACUCGUCCACGAGUUUAUGUUCCCCAAACCCCGAACGAGCGAUCCCCAGAAUUUCCACACACUCCUUCACCGAAACCUAAUUCCUGAAGUCCGCCAGGAAGUCCAUUCUUUCUACGGUCAUCUCGACACCCAAGAAGCCAAAUACCCUGGGUUAGAUUAUACCCAUCGUAUCCACCGCAUACGACUAAGCCGAUGGCCUUGGCACCGACGACUAUUUCGCGCGUUCGAUGCCUUACGGCUUACCCACUCCGAGAUUGCGAACCUAACGAAAUGGGAGGGCACGAAAUGGGCAAAGGAACGUUUUGAACGGGAUUCCGGGAUAGUAAUCCGGGAUACCGCUUUCGACGACAUUGCCGAAUGGGUUGAACCUGAAGAUAGACCACAAACAGCCCGCGCAACACAGACCGAGGACGUUGGAGAUGAUUCAACGGCCCCGGACGAAGAUAUGGAAGGGGAAGAGGAAGAAGAUAGUGAUGGCGAACUAACGAGCGUUGGGGUUGCUCUGAAUGAGCGUCUCCGCGAACGAGCCGCACGCCAUGAGGCGGGGGACACCUCGCUUCCCCUAGAUGAAGAGUGGGAACAAUGGUUGAAGAAUGCCAUCGAGUCCGGCGAACUUCCUUUCCUUACAGAGCAAAUCGUGAGGAAUCAGGAUAACGUCGCACUCGUCCCACAAGCACUCUUCCCGCCCCGGAUGCUUAGCGCAGCACGAGCCGGUCAAUGGAAUGACAUUCCGGACUUCCUCCACGGCGUACUCCGGUACGCUCUAUUCAACGAAGCCCCGAGUCGAAGCCAAGAGCCGCCGGCUUCAGACGAACGUUCGUCUGGGCGUUCUUUACAAAGUUACCUACCAGGGAGGAGUACACGUGGCUUACGCCGCGACUAUUCAGAUUUGCGGCUACCGGCUAGCGAAACUAAUACCGUCAGUGCUACGGCUGUUCGUCUACAAAGAACAGCUCAGUCUGGCACCCAAACCUAUGUCUCUCUUCCCUAAGAGCCCGACCUUCGAGGCCGGAGUGUCUAGUUUGGAGGAGAAUGCAAGGAAGAACUAGGCGCGAAAUUAUUCGAUACCCCUUAAUUCCUAAAAAGUUCUAUCAGCUUGGAAUAUGCUUCCAGUGCACGGUCACCCCCGGUGUAUUCUUGAUAUU